AUGGAAAUUGAGUAUAAAAUAUUGAAUCUGUACAAAACAAAACAAUUCGACGAAUGCCUCAAUUUGUGUGCAAUAGCCCUACAAGAUAAGAGUGACCGAAUGAUAGAGUUUAUUCGUAUGCGAGCUAUGACUAUACAAGCAAAAGUUGUUGGUAAUGGAUACGAGGAGGUUGAAUACUAUCCACAGCAGGACGACUUGCUCUCUACGGCAAUAGCAAAGACUCCUAGACCUGGAACAUCUUUCCAACGCGAUAAUAAAACAACCCGUGAUCUUAGAACUGCUCAGAGAAGGACUACGGCAACAGUGCGUUCAAGAGCCGGUACCAAUGCUUCUUGUGCUCGUACAUCGAGAACUUCUUUACAUACUGCAUCACAAAUGUCUCGGGCAGCGACAGCACUUGUCGCAGGAAGUUCUUUGACAGCUGGCACUCCUUUAUCCCUAAGAUUUAUGGCCAAAGAUGAUAAACUCUUCUUACCAGCUGCCAAAACUCUAUUUGAAUAUGUUUAUUAUUGUGAAGGGGAUAUUCGAAAGGCUAUGGAGGUAGCGUUCCAAUCGCAAAAGGCAGAUGAUACAAUGGACUGGUGGUGGAAUUUUUCAUUAGCUAGGUGUUAUUAUGCACUUGGAAUGUACAGGAAUACAGAAGAUUGCUUACGUCAGGCUUUGAAACUAAACAAACACAUUUCAAUUUAUCUUCGCUUGGUCGCAAUGUACGUUGGACUAAAUCAGCCGAUUUCCGCGCUGGAAGUUUGUAAACAGGGAUUAUCUGUUUUUCACGAAUACUCACCAUUGUUAUUAGAGCAAGCUAGGAUCCACGAUCAAAUGGGUAAUGACGCGUUAGCCGUGAAAGAAUACCGUAUGGUUGCUUUAGAAGACCCAUCGAAUAUGGAAGCUAUAGCUAAUAUUGCUAUGUACAAUUUUUAUAACGACCAACCCGAAAUUGCGUUGCGAUAUUACAGAAGGCUAUUGGCUACAAAUCCUGCUGGUCCAGAAAUUUACAAUAACCUGGGACUUUGUUGUUUGUAUUGUAAUCAAUGGGACCUAACAUUGCCAUGCUUCAGGCAAGCACUCUACUUUUCUUCAAGUCCUGAAAUCCGAUCAAAUAUCUGGUUCAAUCUCGCCCAUGUUGCACUGUCCACUGGUGAUGUGACCUUAGCAUACAGAUGUUUACAAGUUAGCCUUGCAACAGAUUCUAAGAAUGAAGCGUCACAACACGCUUUACAAGCCCUAGAUGCCAGGUUGCGUGCUAGAAGAACUGUUGUAAAGUAG